AUGGGAAGAGCCUUACUCUCUGCUUUCCUUCAUGAUCUUUCCGACCACUUUCUCCUCCUUACUUCUCCAACCAAACCUUUCAUCAUGAAACCUCCUUCCUAUCACCGCAACCUCAUGGCCGCGUUGUUAAUCCAUGAUGCUCUCGUGGAUGACGUCGAACAGAAGCAGUUCUCAUCACAACCAGUGAUGGAGUGGCUUAAUGAGCUACAAUAUGCUCUUUACCAUUUGGAGGAGCUUCUCUUGAUGCGGCAGUGGCAAAUCACCACCACAAACACCAACACCAAAAAGUCCUUGCAAUUCUUCGGAGUCUUCUCAAAAUCAAACAGGCUAGAUGAGGACAUGAAGGCUCAAAUCCGUGGCAUCAUUGAUAGGUUAGAAGCUUUGGCAAAAAUGAAGGAUGUUCUUGGCCUAACUGAGCGUGUUACAUGGAGGGAAUCUCUUCAAGGCUUGUCUUCAUGUUCUUUGCAUGAUUAUGUUGGAAACUUAAUGCAUCUACGGUACUUGGAUCUUUCUUACACUGCAAUUGAGCAUCUACCUGAUUCUGUAAGCACUUUGUAUAACUUGGAGACACUCUUGUUGUUAGGUUGUCGUCGACUCACCAUGUUACCAGCAAACAUGUCCAACCUUGUCAACUUGCGCCAUCUUGAGAUUAGUGGAAGCAGGGUGACUGAGAUGCCAGCAAAAUUUGGUAGACUAAAAUCUCUCCAAGUUUUGACUAGUUUUGUUGUUAGCAGUGACGGGGGAUCAAAAGUUAGUGAGUUGGGGGAGCUUUCUGAACUUCAUGGAACACUUUUGAUUGUGAACCUGCAGAAUGUAGUUGAUGAAAGAGAAGCCUUGAAUGCAAGGUUGAGGAGAAAGAAACAUCUUCAAGAGCUAGAAUUCAAGUGGACGACUACAACUCAUGAUGUACAGAGUGAAACUAAUGUACUCGAAAUGCUAGAGCCACAUCAAAAUGUGAAAAGGCUCAAAAUUCAGAAUUUUGGUGGUAAUAAGUUGCCAAAUUGGUUGGGGAGUUCUUCAUUCUCUAGUAUGGUGUUUCUAUAUCUUUCAGAGUGCGGAAGUUGCUUGUCAUUGCCAUCCCUUGGACAAUUGCCCUCCCUCAGAGAACUCUAUAUAGCAAAGAUGACAAGCCUACAGAAGGUGGGUCCUGAAUUCUAUGGGAAUGCAGUUGAGCCAUUCAGAUCAUUGAAGAUCAUGAAGUUUGAGGACAUGCCCAACUGGAAAAAGUGGUCAACCAUUGAACUUGAACAAAGUGGGGGGUUCCCUUCACUCCAAGAGCUUUACAUACAGAGAUGUCCUAAACUGACCAGAAAGUUACCUCAUCAACUUCCUUCAUUGGAUAAAUUAGUGAUCACUGCAUGUCAAGCUCUCACAGAUUCAAUGCCAUGGGUUCCAAGAUUGAGAGAAUUAGAGCUAACUGGUUGCGAUGCAUUGGUAUCAUUAUCUGAGCAAAUGAUGCAGGGAAACACAUGUCUUCAAAUCAUGGCCAUAAACAAUUGCUCAUCUCUAGUCACCAUCCCUAGGGAUGGCCUACCAAGUACACUAAGAUCACUUGAAAUCUAUGAGUGCAGGAAUUUACAACUAGUCCAUCCUAAGAGUUUGAUGCAGGAGUCUCACUACUAUCAUUCCCUUGAGAGAUUACACUUAAAAAGUUGCUGUGAUUCUCUCAUCUCCUUUCCAUUAUCACUCUUCACCAAGCUUGAAGAACUUCAUGUACAAGACUGUAGCAAUCUCCAGUUGAUUUCAUCUGCUCCAAACAGUCUCCCAUAUCUUCGAAAGUUGAAACUGAAGGAAUGCUCCAAACUGGCUUGGUUCCCUGAAGGAGGGUUGCCUGCAAUGACAUCACUGACUUCUCUUCAUAUCAGUGGACUUCCCAGUCUCACUUCACUAGAGCACACUGGAAUUCAGUACAUUGCCUCUCUCAAAAUUCUGAAGAUUAAAGCUUGUGAUAACCUUGCAUCCCUACCUUUACACAGAUUAGUUACCUCCCUUUCUCAUCUUACCAUCAGAGCAUGCCCAUUGUUAACGUUGCUGUGUGGAAGGUACACAGGGGAAUACUGGGAUAUGGUUUCUCGUAUACCCUCUAGAGUUAUUGAAGAUUAG